UUCAUAAUAGGGAAACUGGAGUUAAGGGUUUAUACACAGCAAAACAAACCGAGAGGGAUCCUGGAAAGGAACAUUUUAAAUCUAAGUUCAGCUGCCUCAUCACUGACAUGGGAAGGUUUUUCACCUAUCAAGAUUAGUCAAAUGACAGAAACUAUUUUCUGCAUUGAAGACUACAAAAAAGCAGCACUCAGAGAAGCCUAUCAAGAGAACACAAGUCUUGGACACUAUUCCCAAGGACUAGACUCCACAUGGCUUCAUGGAGUUCUGUCUCUACAUCACAAGGCAAUAACCAGAACCUGAAACUGCAGAAUCCAUAAAACUAAAUCAUGUUGGCCAAAAAGUUGGUGACCGCACAGAAUCGAGGGGAAAACAGGGCAUUAUGCCUGGGACUGGGAAUGGCUGCCUGCUCAAUGGUGAUGUACUUUUUCAUUGGGAUCACAAUUGUGCCAUUGUACAAUAGCAGUGUUUGUACAAAAGAAACUAAGUGCCAAGUGGUCAAAGCAAACAUCAAGAACGAAGUCCAUUGUUCAUUCUUUGAAGGAGCAAAUGAUGAAAACAUUUUUCACUAUCCUUGUCUGGAAGUCUGGGUCAACUUCAACUUCUCAGGACAAGAGGUUAUGCUAUAUCUUACAGAGGAGACACUGGAAAGAAAUCCCAAGUGCUCAUACAUCCCAAAAAGAAUGGAGAACACCAAAGAAGUUAAAAAAUCAGUACAGACCGUUGCAGAAAAUUUCAGAAAGCAUCAAACUGCGAUUUUUCCUUGUUAUUAUGAACCAAAAGAAAGAGUGACAAGCGUCAUUUUAAGUAGACCAUAUCAACUAAAGGACAUAUUUUUUGCUUUCCUCUGGCCUAGCCUCAUGUUAAUUGGUGGGAUUCUGAUUGUUGUCAUGGUGAAAGUCAGUCAAUAUAUGUCUGUACUUGCUGCCUGGCAGUACAAAACAAACAUCUAAUGUUCACAAAUUCAAGCUAGAAAGUGCCUUUAUUCUACCCACUUCAGUCUAUUUUUUUUUAAACAUACCAUCAUGUUAGCUACUGUCACUCAGUAUAAUACACAUACAUACACUUACACCAUGGGUUAUCAGGAAUUAUACAUAAAAUAGAAUAGGUAUCUGAGAUGAAAUCCCAUGAAAUAUAUAGGGACCACUCUGAAAGAACAGAAAUGAUUUUAUAUUGCUUGAGCCAAUUUUUUUUGUGGGUUUGAAACAUCAUUUUUUUACAGAAAUUAGAUUUAAAAUUCUGCAUGCCGGUUUGCUGGUUACAAAUUUGGUGUCAGAUUUUCAGAAAGCAAAGGCUAGGUAUCUAUGGGCCUGUCUAUAUGUGUGUUUAGUCCAAUUAAAUUUAAUGCACAUUCAGCUAAUGUGCAGUAAGCGAUUUUUGGCAGGUGGCUACACGUGCAGAGCCUUGGCACUAAAGUUAGUGCCAAGUCCCUGCAGCCCUGCCAUGUGCCUCUAGUAGCUGGGCAGACCGGGCACUAAAGUUUGUGCCAGGUCGCGUCUACAUAUAUGUUUAUAUGCUUUAACUAAUCAUGCCUAAAUUUGACACCUGCAUUUCCAGAUGUCUCUUUCCAUCUGUAACUCACAUAUUAUGUAGCAUGAUACUGUGGAAGGGCACUGGUGGUGCCUGCUACUUUAAGUGCUGAGCCAUACAGCCAGCAGGUGCUUGAUUACAGCAGCCAUUUUAGAACUUUGGCCACCUAUAUAAACAGAGCAGUUUAUAUUGUUGCAGAAACAU